GAGAAUAUAUUAACUAGUGAGAAGCAGAUGAGAGAGUCUUUAAAUUGUUUUAAGCGGACAGUCCACACUGUUUCCAGAAUACUAUAACCGGGCCACGUGGGAAUCUGGCGUUGCGUCCAUGAUGCAAAACAAGGUGUAUGACAUCUGUAACGAAGGUCACAGCGGAGUGAAUCAGCUUGGCGGAGUGUUCGUCAACGGCAGACCCCUGCCCGACUCAACCAGACAGAAAAUAGUCGAGCUUGCUCACAGCGGCGCGCGGCCGUGCGAUAUAUCCAGGAUUCUGCAGACCCAUGGUGAUGCAAAAGUCCAAGUGCUGGACAAUGAAAACGUGUCAAACGGCUGUGUGAGUAAGAUUCUGGGCAGAUACUAUGAAACUGGCUCCAUCAGACCAAGGGCGAUCGGGGGUAGCAAACCAAGAGUAGCAACUCCCGAGGUGGUCGGAAAAAUUGCCAUAUACAAGAGGGAGUGCCCGUCAAUCUUCGCGUGGGAAAUUCGUGACAGACUGCUUUCAGAGGGGGUCUGCACAAACGAUAAUAUACCCAGUGUAAGUUCAUUGAGUGUGUCAUCGAUAAACAGAGUACUGCGCAACCUGGCUAGCGAAAAGCAACAGAUGGGCGCAGAUGGCAUGUAUGAGAAGUUGAGAAUGCUGAACGGUCAGACUGGGACGUGGGGAACCCGGCCGGGCUGGUACCCCGGAACCUCAGUGCCAGGACAGCCCAACACAGAUGGUUGCCCACCGUCUGACGGCGGAGGUGAGAACACUAAUUCAAUAAGUUCGAAUGGAGAAGACUCGGAUGAGACCCAAAUGAGACUUCAGCUGAAAAGAAAAUUGCAAAGGAACCGCACUUCGUUCACACAAGAACAGAUAGAAGCGCUUGAGAAAGAGUUUGAAAGAACUCACUAUCCAGAUGUUUUCGCAAGGGAAAGACUUGCUGCAAAAAUUGACCUCCCAGAGGCCAGAAUACAGGUGUGGUUUUCAAAUAGAAGGGCAAAGUGGAGGAGAGAGGAGAAACUACGGAAUCAAAGACGACAAGCCAGUAACUCCUCCAGUCACAUCCCUAUCAGCAGCAGUUUCAGCACCAGUGUCUACCAGCCCAUCCCACAGCCCACGACACCAGGUUGGAUAUCGUUCUCGUCAGGAUCCAUGUUGGGAAGACCAGACACAGCCCUUACAAACACAUACAGUGCCCUGCCACCUAUGCCAAGCUUCACCAUGGCCAACAACCUGCCUAUGCAAGCUCCUGUGCCCAGCCAGACCUCCUACUCCUGCAUGCUGCCCACCAGUCCCUCAGUCAACGGGCGGAGCUACGACACGUACACCCCUCCUCAUAUGCAGGCACAUAUGAACAGCCAGUCAAUGGCAGGCUCAGGAGGCAACUCAACAGGUCUCAUCUCUCCUGGAGUAUCUGUUCCUGUCCAAGUGCCAGGCAGUGAAGCAGACAUGUCCCAGUACUGGCCCAGGCUACAGUAGACACGACUACCGUCAACGUGUGACUCCUCGGAUAUUGUCUUGAACGAAGAGGCUGUCCAGCAGUAUUUAAUUACAGACAAGAGAAAAUAGACUCUAAAAGACACUAUUUUGUACGGGGAUUGUGCCAUUCUCUAUCAUUCUUUGGAGGCAAAGACUUGAAAAAGAAAAAAAGAGAAAGGACUUCUGUAAAGUGCUCGGUGUAACAUCCUUAAUGGGGGAAAAAAUAUCUCUGUUCUCCGUUUCCAACUUAUGUCAUUUUUGGUGUAUUUGUAUAUGGCCAUUUGUAUGUCAUAAUGAAAAAACAACAACGUGGAUGGACUGUGAAACUGAGUUGUUCCUUGCUUCUGCUGAAAAGAAGAUCAUUUGUGAAGAAUUUUCUGCCAUUAAUAGUUUUUGUCAACGUAUAUCAAGAAGCUCUCCCAGUCUGUGUACAGAAUGUGGACUCUGGUGAAACAAGUUUGUAUCAUUCAAAGGCAGAGCUGGACCAGCAGGUACCAGCUGGGUACGAGAAGCCCAUUUCUCUGUUCUUUUCCUUUUCCAAAGCUUUCUGGCAGAAUCAUUGUAAAUGGAAAGCAUUAACCGCUAAAAAAAGAGGUGAAAAAAAACAAUUGGUAGCUAAAAACUGUAGAUUGUGUCUUCGAUAUAAUUCAGUUUGUUAUGUCGAAAUGUAAGUAUUGGUCUUCCCUAGCAGUCUCCCGGACACAAUUUCUAAAAUAAAGUUAAUUUCAUUUAUAUUUCUCUGAAUAUUCUAUGUGUGUUUUAUACACAUCUUCAAGUAAUUUCAUUCAAUCGGGUACAAGUUCUUUGUUAUAGUUGUAGUUAAGUGUUUUACUUUAUUCUGUCCCACUAAAACCUUUCACUGCAACAAUGCAUAGUAGCGCAAGGCCUUACAGCCUUUUGAGGUUUGCAUCUAUACAUGUCUGAAUGAACCUUUCUUGAUUGUACAAACAGACCAAAGCCUUUGUAUAUAAUUUAUGACACAACCUCCAUUUCCUUUUGUAGUCUUCUGUUGCCAAUUUUGUAAAUAUUUUGUUGACUUUUACGUAGACGCAGAGUUUUAAAUGUUAGUUUAUCAGCGAGUCUUUAACUUAUGAGCGAAAACCAGACAUGUCCUUAUAGCGGGUUGACCAGACAUUUGCUUGUCAGCGCUUUAAUUUGUCUGACAUGAGAGGAUCCUGAAAAGUUACUUUUCACGAAAAGUUUUGCUCUACGACCCCCACAAGCUUCAUGAGAGUCGCCUGAAGUCGGUGACACUGACGUACCAACUCCGAACAGGUCUUCUCACAAAAUCGCCUGUCUAGUCUGAACGGUUUGAGUUAGAAUCUAUUAGGACCCCACUACCGAAAGCUGAGAUUCACACGAACACGGAAAUGUUAUGCUCCAUGACCCACACAAGCCCAUUGCUGGGUGGUGAAAAUGAACAAAAGUGAAUGAGGGGUAGAAUGUGCCAAAAACAAAGGUAAAUAUGGGUCUAAAAAUAGCUAAAUGAUCCAUGGUAUGACUAUCUGAAAACAAUUCCACAUGUUAGCUUAGUAGAACAUCCCCCCAAGGCUUAGGCUCAAGAGGGUUAGCUAGUAAUAAAAAAUUUAUUAAAAAGAUAGGUGUCGAAAUUAUUGGCACCCCUGUUUUGAAUACUCCGGCACCCUCCCCUUGCGAGGAUAAUGGCACUGAGCCUUUUAAAAUAUAUAUUUUAUGAUAUUGGAGAACACAUUGGGAGGGAUCUUAGACCAUUCAUCCAUACAGAAUCUUUCCAGAUCCUUGAUAUCCUUCUUUCUGUGCUUAUGGAGUGCCCUCUUCAAUUCAAACCACAGGUUUUCAAUGGGGUUCAAGUCCGGAGACUGAGAUGGCCAUUGCAAAAUGUUGAUUUUGUGUUCAAUUAAGCAUUUCUUUGUGGAUUUUGAUGUGUGCUUGGCGUUAUUGUCUUGCUGGGUGAUCGAUCCACUUGCGGACCAGUUUCAAACUCCUGGCAAAGCCAACCAGGUUUCUGGCUAAAAUGUUUUGGUACUUGGUAAAGUUCAUGAUGCCGUUGACCUAACAAAGGCCCCAGGACCAGUGGAAGCAAUACUGUGCCAUAACAACAAUGAUCCACCACCAUAUUUUACAGUAGGUAUGAGGUUCUUUUCUGCAUAUGCAUCCUUCUUUCAAUGCCAAACCCACCACUGGUGUGCGUGGCCAAAGAGCUCUAUGUCAUCUGACCAUUGCACUGGUUUCAAUCCAAGCGCCAAUGCCAUUUAGCAAACUAAAGACCGUUACACUUGUUGGUUUCACUCAAUCAAACCUUUUUUCUGGCAACCAUUUUAAAGAGUCUCAUUGUAGAUUUUGAGACUUGUUGACCCGAAGAUGCAACCAAGUUCUGUAUUUCUACAACUUUGGCCCAUGGAUUUGUCUUUGCUUCCCAUACCAUCUUCCUCACUGUGAGUGGAGACAAGAUACUUUUGCAUCCAAUACCGGACAAGUUUACUACUGUUCCAGUGGUUUUUAAUCUUCUUUUUAAUCUUCUUAAUUGUUGCCCUAAAAGUGGUAA